UUUUUUUUUUUUUUUUUAAGGGUACCCCAAUCCCCACGAGGGGGUGGGGGAAGUUUAUUCGAUAAUAUGAUACAAUCUUGUACACAUUUCUACCUAUUGGUUUAUCAAUACAUACAGAUCUACAUAAAUCGAACUAUAAUCUUACACGGAAAUGCUUAGCGUUAAUUGGUAGAUUAAAAUUUGAAUAUAAAAGGUGAAAAACCCCAAUGGGGAAAACCUUUAGAGGUUAACGGCUAAAUUAUAAUAACAAAUGUCUUAAAUAAUAACAUGAUAAAUUUAAAAGUUACCCACCACCGCCCAUGGACCAACCGGAGCCAAUCUCUGCGCACCACGAAUGGUUUCUACGAGACUGACCCAGGCAGGCCACGAGCACUGAGGAGUAACCUAUUCAAUAACGGAAAACGAGAAAAACAUUUCAUUUUCAUUUGAUAACCUUAAGAAGAACUGUUUGAUGACGCCGAGAGAAAUCUGGGAGAUCAGAACAACAGGACAUCACAAGUGACAUCGUCUAACGCCCGAAGAUUACCAGCAUCUCAACAGCCAUGGGGAAUGCAAAAUAGAGACUGUUGAGAAGCAACAGUUGUUACUUCUCACAGUGACAAUCUAAUAGAUACGUACGGUGUAGCUAAGUAGUUUACAAUUGCUGUUGUACGUUGAUAGAAAUUACAUUUGGUAAAAUUAAUUGUUCUUGUGAUAACGAUAUGGUAAUAAUAACUAGACAGAGAAUUGAACAUUACAAAGCUGAUUGAUCAUUGGAUUAAGCUAUUGAUUAUAACGUUAACGUAAGACAUAAUCUUGAAAAUAAACAAUUUGAUCGUAUUCGUAAAUAACGAGUUAGCUAUUUCAACAAUUGGAAACAUAAUACAAAAAUAAUCAUAACUUUAGAUUAGCGUAACUGAUAAUUGACAUGAGCGAAACUUAUAACGAACUGUUAUGGUUGGGUAAGUUUGAAUUUAAUUUGGGUGAAAUGAGCAUAAUUUCAUUAAUUAAAUUAAUUUUAGAAAAGAGAAAGGCAGAACUAAAAUUCAAAAGAAAAAGGUGGCGUUGGACUGGGAAGAUUUUGAGGAAAGCGGGUUGUUAGCAGACUCGUGGAGAAAUGAGAUGGAAAAGCGUUGGAAGAUGUAAAUUGUGGAAUAUCAUUUCCGAUUUUAAUUUGGUAGAAGGUGAUGAAUUAAACUCUUAUUUAGAUGAAAAACUAAACGUAUUUAUAAGAGUGAUGGAAUAAUAAAAUAUUCGUGAAAAUUGCUUGUUAGAUGUUCGCGGUGAAAAAUUAAUCGAUAUAUUAAUUAAAAUUGUUUACAAGAUUUAAUAAAUCAUUUAGGGUAGCUUGAUCGGGAGAUUUAAAAAAAUAAAAAUAAAAUCUAUUAAGUAGGUCGAUGAAUAGGUAGCUUCUUGAAGUUGCUAGCGCUCCUAGUUGUACUUGGGUUAACCGAAAACUUGAUUGGGCUGGGAAACGGAUUGGGUAUCUUGAAGAUAAAUGAUAAGAAUAUUGAGAAAACUUUCUAACAGUGGAAAAUUAAUAUUUUCUUAAUUUUAUUUAAAACGUUCGAAUCCGAUGAGUUUUAUUUAGUCUGUAGGGGGGUCAUGUGACCAAUGAAACGAGCAUAAGUGUUGCUUAAUGGAAAUUCAAACUGCCUCAUUUGCAGAUUUUCACUAGAAAAUUAUGCAAAUACGAAGAGUUGAACGUCUAAACUGAGAUUGGAUUGAAAGUUAAUAAGGAAAUCGCGAAUUUUAAGAUCGGUAAGUGGUGUUAAUUUAGAAUUCGAUGUGGCUAAUUUUACAAGAAUUGAUGCUUUGUGGAAAAUUGUUUCAGGUAUUCGGACUCGUGAAUUUGAUUGAUUUUAGAAACUAAGAUGGGAAACGACUAAAUAAAUAUUCAACGUUGUUGUUGGCUGGAAAAUCGGCUGUAAUUAUAUCAGGUAAAUUGGUUAAUUAAUUUGAAUUCAAUCGAAUUGAGCUUAAUCGUGAUUAAUUUAAUAGACUUCGAGUAAUUUGUAGUUUAAUCUUCGAAAUACCAUUGAGGAAUGGUAUCGAAAUGGUGGUAAUAUGUCUCCGUAGUUAUCAAAAUAGAUUGGCAUUUUAAUUAAUCGACUGUACUCUUGUUUAAGGUGUACGAAUGGAUAAACCGAACGUAAUCGAAUUCGUGUAUUUUGAUGGUUAAAUGGGAAACGACUAAAUCUACAAUCAUCGUUGUUUAUGGCUGAAAAACGACUGAGUGUCAGUUUCAGGUAGACGAAUAAGAAUGGAUGAUAAUCGCGAAAUUUGAAUCUUCGGACGAACUCUAGCGUACGAGCACAUCAUAAUAGACGAUUUUAAUUUAAUUAGCAAAUCACGAACGUUGAAACGAACGAAUUUGUGCUGAUAUAAAAUGAUCGUUGAUCAGAUCGGUGAAUAACGGUGUAGGGACUAAAUAAACGAUGUCUUAUGUUACUCAAUGAUAUUUCAGGUAAACGGUGAGAAUAACUAAUUAGCAAAUCACGAACGUUGAUACAAGUAAAUUUGUGGGAAAUGGAACUUAUUUAGGAGAUGAUUUUAAAUGAAACUCAAUUAAUCAAUUUGACUGCGAAUAAACGAUCGAUGAUUGAAUUAAACUGAUUUAGCGUUGAUUAUCGUAAUGCUAAGGUGGUAGUUUGGAAGCGAACUGAUAUGAUAAUUUCGUAGAAUGGACAAGUUGUACAAAUUCGACGAUAUUGACGAAGAGAUUGCCUUUAUUAGACAUCUGGAAGAGUCGAGAUCGAAUUCGCAUAUAAGAACGGAUGGAGGAGAACUGAAAGAUGAGUUCAUCGACUUAUUUAAUAGAAUGGACCGGUUAUUAGCAGAAGGCGUGCCAAUUGAAAUUGUUCUGUUUUUGCAGACGAUGAUGAUAUUAGAAAUUUACGAAGCCGAAGCGUUUUAUGAGCCCGAAGAUUAUAUUGUCGAAAUAAUUAUUCCUGGGAUUUACAACGAAGACUCAGACGAGGACUCCGACGACGAGGACUCUGACGAAUCUGAGGACUUGAGCCGAAAGAGAAAAACGAUGAAAAGAGCGGCAGCCCGAAAGGAAGGAAAAGGGAAGAAAUUUAGAGGCCGUAAAUUACGUAGAACUAAUUAGCAUGUAAAUCGAGAAUCGCGAUUGUUAUUAUUGUUGUUAAAUUUUAACCAUUUAAAUCUUAACGAAGGAGAAUACUUUCCAAUCAAUUAUCUUCGCUCUUUUGUCGAUUAAAGGGAACUCAAUUAAA